AUGCCCAUUCAGUAUCUAGUAUGGGAGCUCGUGUCUCACAUUGCUCAGGAACUUAAUCCGCAGGACUUAUUCAACUUUUCUCUAUCGUGUCGAACCCUGCAAUGGCUCAUCCGGGACGACCACAUCUGCGCAAUGGUUCUAGAAGAGUCGAGACAUUCGGGUGUGUUCCGGAGUCUGACGCUGACAGUAUUCACAUGGAAGUCGACUGCCCCGUUUGCCCCAGAGACCAAGGCGGCUCAUAAAAGCAAAAAUUAUGCCAAAGCGUUACGGUUAAUUGUGAAGCGUUCAACCGCGAUUUUGUCUGCAUCAUCGUACCUGGCUGCGCUCGUUGCCGAAGCAGAAUCCUUCCUUUAUUCAAACGGAGUUGUUUGCUACUUUAGCAACGGUUUACUAAGAAUACGCGAUCUGCACAACUCGGCACUUGAAGAUACUAUCAAUGUUGGAAAGCUCCUGAAGGGAGACGACGGCCUUUCCAGGACCAUCAAGGAUGAACAAGACUUUAAGCUGCGCAUCUUGAAUUACGCUGAUGGCUUCGUUUCUUGCUAUCUCAACCCCGGGAAUCGAUCAUUCCCCAGGCUUCUGGUCAUCAGCCGUUCCCACGGCAGCUUGUUCAGCCAUAUACUUGCAUCGUCUCGGAAGAUAUUGCCAUCAGCGUACGAAACNCAGAAUUGGACAGAGUGGAGGGUGGGAUGGAUUGACCCUCGUUGA